GCAGAGCGGAAGUGAGCACUGCAGGCUGUGUCAAACAGAUCAGACAUGGCGUGUCUGCUAGCUUACAGCAACACAGGCUCCACAAUGUUUUCUGCCACACGGAGAACAAAACCCCACCCGUGGAUAUGCUGUUUGCUCCUGGUGGUGUUGUUAACGUCGCUGCCAGCCUCGGCAAAGCGGGACGGCCUGAGGGAAGUGACCGACGGGACCUGGGAGGAAAUCCUGACAGGAGAAUGGAUGAUUGAAUUCUACGCACCCUGGUGUCCAGCAUGCCAGCAGCUCCAGCCAGCGUGGAAGGAGUUCGCGGAAUGGGGGGAGGACAUGGGGGUCAACAUAGCCAAAGUGGAUGUGACAGAACAACCCGGUCUGAGUGGGCGAUUCAUCAUCACUUCACUUCCGACUAUUUACCACUGUAAAGAUGGUGUCUUCAGGAAGUACCAGGGAGCUCGCACUAAAGACGACUUCCUCAGCUUCGUCGAUGAGCAGAAGUGGAGAUCAGUGGAGCCAGUUUCCUCUUGGUUUGGGCCGUCUUCCUUUCUGAUGAAUUCGAUGUCCGCUUUGUUUAAGCUCUCCAUGUUUAUCCGGCGUUGUCACAACUACAUGACAGAGCACCUGGGGAUCCCAGUCUGGGGUUCUUAUGUUAUCUUUGGCUUGGCCACUCUGUUCUCUGGCCUUGCACUGGGACUGUUACUGGUGUUCAUCGCAGAUUAUGUUUUCCCCUCACGGCGCUUCUCUUCUCCGGAUUACUACCAGAAAAAACAGACAAUGGAGCAGGCGAGGCUAAUCCAGCGACAAGAGGACGAGCACGAGGCUGACGGCGAGGAAGAUGACGACGAAGACGACGAAGAUGAAGACCAGGAUGAGGUCUGGAGGAGGAGGAGGAGAGGGUCCCCAGAGGGCCGCCCAGAACCUAAAGGACAGGGUCUCUCUGAUGAAACUCUGAGGAAGAGGGCGGUGGGCAACCGUGAGGAGGAAGACGAGGAGGAGGAGGACACCUAGAGAGUCAGCUCCUACUCAGUUUGAGAAGAGCGUCAUGGAGUCGGCAGAGUCAGAGGAGCUUUGGUCCUGAGCAGCAGUGUUUACAGCAGGGAGUCCUUAAAUCUCAACCCCACCUGAACCUCCCCUCCUCCUUUUCCUCCUCCUCCUCCUCCUCCUCGGGGUCCCCAGAAACACCUCGCUUCUUUUCUUCUCCUUCCCUUGUUUUGUAACGGGAGCGCUUUAGACUCUCUGUCCACCUGAGCAGCAGGCUCCACCUGGAAAAAGCAAAAACACUCCCGACACCUGUUUCCACUCGUGGAGACCAGUCGCCCGGCUGAGGUUUAAGUAUGAAGUGCGGUAGAGCUGGAUUUUGCAAUGUUGUUUAUGCUAUGCAUCGUUUUUUAAAGAUAUGUGUGUUUAUUAUAUGUCUUAUCUCAGAAUUAUUAUACCAGGCUUGUGUUCGAGGUUUAUUCUGUUGAAGUUUAUUUCUGUUCUGCUAACGCAUACAUACAGUUACUUUAUGUUUCAUGUAUAUUUUACCCACCCUGACGAUUCGACCUAAUGUUCACACACCAUUCCUCAUUUCAGUCUGUGAUGGUGGAGAGAGUGAAAAGUAAAGGCCGAAAGUGUUUGUUAGCAAACUUAAGAUUUCACCCCUGGGUGAUUUGGCAACACCUGUGGUUACCGUGGCAACACCAAGCUCACUUCCUGCUCACUUCUUGUUUCAUUACUAUUGCAGGGUAUUGCAGGAUGUACUGGUGAAAAAUGAAGGAAGUGAUUGUAAUCUUGUUUUGUAGAUGCAUUUUUUCUUGAACAAUAGCCGUCAGUGUUAACCUCGACAAACACAUGGCAUUCCCUGUGACUCGUUCGCAGUGAAGCCACCCUGUGUUUCCCCAGCUGAAUGCUUUUAAAGGCCAGUGUGAAGGAUGUAGGGGCAUCGAAAGGCAGAAUUGCUAUAUAACAUCCAUAGCUAUGUUUUCACAACUUUAUAAUCACCUGAAAAUAAUAGUAUUUUUUUUUUUUUUUUUUGGCUACCUUAGAAUUUUAUAUCUACGUUCAGAGCAGGCCCUCACCCAUGCAGUCCACCAACUUGUUUCUACAGUAGCUCAGAACGGACAAAUCAAACACUGGCUCUAAAUAGGGCCAUUUGCGUUUCAGGUCAGCCCCCGUAGUUCUCCAAUGCACUUGGCACAUGGGGCGAAGUUUCAGUUCUUCAACCUCAUUGCUAGCUGCUGCUAAAUUUGACACACUUGACCUUUAAUGUGAAGUAGCAGUAGACAAUGUUGCUGUAUACAGCUCUGCGUUAACACUACAAGUGACAAAGCAACAGCCCGAACAGCUACAGUAUUGCCAAGUCGCUGUUGAAGUGUUGCACAAGCGCUCAUUGGUACAGUUAUGUCAUCCUGGGCUUGUGUGUGUCUGCUACUUGCAACAAAGCACCUCGACUGAGCGCCAUCUAAAGUUGUAUUGGGUAAAAAAAAAAUAUCUGUGGUUUUCAUUAGGGCUGGGCAAUGUAAAGAUAUUACAUCGUUAUCGAGAUAUGAGACAACAUAUCGUCAUAGAUUUUGGAUGCUGUUGUAUUGCAAUAAGGCAUAAAUGGUGUUUUUCCCCUCAUUUCAAAGGCUGCAUGACAGUAAAGGGAUAUAAAUGUAUCAACUUACCAGACUUUUCUAUUUGUUUUAGCGAUUGCUUUAACCCACUUAUUGGUUAUAUUCAUAUUAUGAUUAAUAUUUUCUGAAAAAAUAAACAAACAAACAGAAGUCAGACUCAUCCCUACAACUUAGUCGCGUCACAGAGGGUAUCUGAUCAGACUUAUUGUUGUGUUUGUUUUUGUUUCUCAGUCCUUGCAUUGAUGAAGUGCUUUUGAGGAGAUUUAAAAAUAUCGAGAUAUGUAUCGUAUAUUGAGAUAUAGCCCUAAAUCAUGACAUAAUUUUCUCGACAUGUCGCCCAGCCCUAGUUUUCAUCAAUGUCAAAGCACCAUUUUAACAUCACAUUUCACUGCAUCAUUGCAGUGCUGCCAUCCCCGUCACGUAACAAGUGUUGGGCGUCAGUUUGUAGCGCCACACGUUUUUUUUUUUUGUUUGUUUUUGUUUUUGUUUUCAGCACCCAGCGCAGGCAGAAGUCUUCCUGAGUUCAUUUUUUCCUCAGCAGCAGUUUAUGGAGUUUUAAGUCAAAGAGUGGGUAAUUGAUGAGUCGAUAUGAUCAGAGCUGAUCGGAUCAGACUGACGGAUGAGAGGAGCAGCUGCUGCAGAGUUGAGUGAAAGCAAAUUUUUACACCCAGUGCAAUGAACGAUUAAGUUUUCGCUCCAUCUGUGCCCAGAGGUGCACUGUGCUCCGUGAGUGUGGAGCAAUAAGUAACCAAAAGGUGUACAUAUAUUCCAGCAGCGCACCUAAUGAACAGUCCAGCUCCAAAAAUAGAAAAUCAAAAUGUGGCAGUAGAUGUUUUAAUUGUUGUGGGCUGCUAUAAAUAAACUAAUGUUUAUUUCUAGCAUAAAGUGCCAGUGGAUAAAAAGAAAAGCCUGUUGCUCGUAGUGUAAACACAGCAUCAGAAACCGUGAGACUGAAUUAAAAUCCAGCCUGGGAAUGGCGGACCCCGCCACAAACAUGAAAACUGCUACCUAGAGAGGUCGUUACUGACUGUAAAUACAUCAAAUGGCUAUUGCAGGAAAAAUGCAUGAAUAGUGGGAAUAGCUCUCAUGAAAAUCUAAAGGAUUAUACCUUAAAAUCUCAGCCCAGUCAUUUCCCUCAGUCUGUGUUAAGUGUGCCUCCUUUUCCUCUUGGUCCAGGUAUGUUAUGGGGCAGGAGCCCUUCAUAUGGUGUUAGUGCUUUGCUCAGCAGUCAAACUAAAACGUUGACUCUGACUGAGCUGCAGUCCUGUUAGUUUGCAGAAACAUCAGGUAGAUGCUUAAACAGAAAGGAAGCAUAUUCACUCCAAAUAAAAGGCCUGGUGAAUGUUUCUCUGUACUGUAUGUCCCCAUAAUGUAUCACACAAUCAACCAGAGGGAUUUGUUACUUUGUCUUGUGUUACAAUGUUUACUUGUGAUUCUCUAAUUAUUAAAGGCCGUUGGCUUAAGGAACCCAUAUGCCGGCAGGUCUACAGAACAGUAUUUGUAUGCCGUAAAAAACAAAGGUGGGAGCAGUUUAGGGAUUCAGACCUCCUUUUAUAUGUUGUUAAAUACAGAGAGAAGUCUGGCGUAUCCGUCCUAACGCUGCUCUGCUUUAGGGAACAGUAAGAGGACCAGAAUGAAGCUCUCUGCACGACAAAGGGAGGCAUUACUCAGCCUACUGUAAUCUUCUUUUAAUCACUUUUAAUUUGACUUCUUUAGGCUUAAAUAUCAAAUUAAACUUCUGAGGUGAAUUUAUCUAAAGAGUGUGACUGUGUGUGUUGGUUUCUCAUUGAAAUCUUGAACAAAUUGGCACUCUGAUGCUUAUUUUCCAGAUAUUGACGCCACUCUGUCCUCAGCCUGUAACUACUUCAGUCUUGUAAAUCAAAAAGGGGAAGUGUGUGUGUGACCAGUGUUUUUAAUACACAUUUCACUCUUGUUUUGAUUAGGCUUAUAACAACUGGUAAGGACUUUGAUUUAUUUUUAUGUUGCAUUUUAUUCCAAGUAAGCUGAUUACUUAUUUUGGUGACGGUUGAAACAGGUUGCGUUUUUGUACCCGACCACUCUUAACGGCUUGUAGCAUUCACUCUUUUACUCUGAGCCGCCUGUGCUCCUUUUAUUGUUUGAACAUUUCUUUUGAAUAAAGGGUUAACUCUGGAAAAA